AUGGCCAAGGACUCCACAAUCGAAGAAACCAAGCAGUCUCUGGUGCAGCGCUUCAGAGCAUGGGGUGAAAACUCGUUCCCACCGACCCUACUCGCCUCCCUCAUCUUCGCGCAACAUGCGCGUCCGUUUCAAUUCUUCCCAAUGAUGUUUCCGCCUAUCCUGCUGUUCACCAGCUAUGCCAAUCUUCAAGGGUUCAAGACGGAGACUGCUGGCGUUAGCGCGGCGUGGUCUGGGCUGUACCUACUUCUGGCAGGCCGACGCCGACAACCACUCAUGAAGAAGUUUGGAGCUCGCGGCAUUGUUCGUGGCGCAACUAUGGGUCUCUGUUUGGUCAACAUGAUCGGCGGUGGACUGGCUUAUACCCUGGGCAAGCGGGAGGAGGAAGAAACCAGGUCCGACAACUGA